AUGAUCCGAGUCAAGGAUCCGGAAGCAUCACUUAAAUUCUACCAAGAAGUUUUAGGAAUGAAACUUAUCAAUAAAAUCGAUUUUGCCGAAUCUGAAUUUACACUUUACUUUCUUGCAUACUGUCAUGAACCGAUACCAGAAUCUCAUGGAGAAAAAAACAGAUACAUUUUUUCCAGAGAAGCCGUUUUAGAAUUAACACACAAUUGGAAUACAGAAAAGGAUCCUAAUUUUCAUUAUCAUAAUGGUAAUAAAGAACCCCGUGGAUUUGGUCAUAUUGCAAUUAGUGUUGACAACAUUGAGGCUGCUUGUGCAAGGUUUGAAGAAUUAGGUGUAAAGUUCAUCAAAAAGUUAAAGGAUGGUAAGAUGAAUAAUAUCGCUUUUAUUAGUGAUCCAGAUGGAUAUUGGGUCGAAGUUGUUUCAUAUGGCUUAGAUGCGACUUGUUCUUCUAAACAUUAA